AGAAGGGGGAUGGGAGAGAGGACAGGUGUCACUAGUGGCCAACUCCAUUUUGGAUUUUGGUUUUAGGACCACCCACGGAGGGCCCCACUGCUCUGAAGGAGCAUCAGAAAAGCCUCUGUGACUUAAACAGCCUCAGUGCCAGCUCCUGCCAGUUCCUAGGAAGUGGGCAGUGGGUUGUCGCCUGAGCUGAUCGUCAACUUGGGUCCCUGGGGGUGGGGGGCAUUGAUCAGGAACAUGCAAGUGGAAAUUGAUGAAACGGACUGGAUUUAUGUAGAUUCAUUCCCCAUCCCGCUUCCAACUGAUGCUCAGCCCCGGGAUAAAGGCUUGUGACAUCAUGGAGGAUUUCUGUGACGUCAUAGAAGCAAGAGGGGCUGAGGCUGUGGAUCCUGAAGGACCACAGGAAUAUGCUAAGAAUGCUCUCACACCCUGGGUUUGGGAGGAGCACAUUGGGAGGGAGGAACACUGUGGGCACUCAGAGGUGAGAUAGCAGCUAAGAUAAGAGCAGAUGUAAUAAUAAUGUCAUGCCCUGAGCAUCCCGUGUGUCAUCUGUUGUUUCGGGCGUCCUCGAUGUAUUUAUUUGGUUCUUGCAUGCUUUUAUCUCCAUUUUCCUGAUGAGGUGACCUGUUCACAUCACCCAGCUGCUGUGUGGCAAAAUCAGGAUUUGAACUCAGGAAGCUGAGCCUCAGACUUGGGGGUCAUGCUAGUUUAAAAAAAAAAAAAAGCGUAAAGCGUAUGCAAAAGGUCCCGAGCACAAAUUUUAAAGAGUUUUGAAAAAUUUAAGACUGCUAGUUGGUUUGUGAGAAUUCCUCAAGGGAUCCAGGAAUUGGCGGCCUCCUGCUCGCUCUUAUCUGAGCCCCUUGCUCGCAGUAGCCCUAUCCCUGCCCCUCUGCUUCCCUCUCCGGUCUCCCUGCUGAUUCACUCCAGCCUCUGCCUACCACAUCCUAGCCAUGGCCCUGGUUCUUCAGCUGCUGCCUCUGUUGCUCUCAAAGGUCCAGGGGGACCCCGAGGUUUCUCUAGAGGGCAGCCCUGGGGACCGGGUGAAUCUCUCCUGCAUAGGGGUCUCAGAUCCCACCCGCUGGGCUUGGGCGCCUAGUUUCCCUGCGUGCAAGGGCCUGUCCAAAGGGCGCCGUCCGAUCCUGUGGGCCUCGUCCCCAAAUGUGUACGCACACUUCUCUGGCCGCCUGCGGUCCCUGGACACUGGUAUCAAGCGGCUGGAGCUCCUGCUGAGCGCCGGGGAUUCUGGCACCUUUUUCUGCAAAGGGCGCCAAGAGAAUGAGAGCCGCACGGUGCUUCAAGUGUUGGGGGACAAAGCAGACUGCAAGAUUUCAGAAUCUACCAACGGUUCCGGGUAUCCCAAGGUCCUGAUUGCUCUGCUGGGCGUUGGGCUGGUGCUGGGACUGGGUGCCUCGGGCUUGGUCUGGUGGCGGCGCAGGCACUCGUCCCCGCCCCCGCCCUUGCCUCGACCAUUCCCCACAUUUGCUCCGGUCACAAAUGCUGAGCCGCAGCGACCUUUAGAGCAGGAGUCCAAGAUCUCAGGUCCUGUGGACCAGGAGCCGAGUCUGCACUAUGCUGAUCUGGACCACUCCGCCCUCGGGAGGCACCGCCGGACGUCCACAGUGGUUCCUGGUGAUGCCGCCACUGUUUAUGCGGUGGUCGUUUAAAAGGAGGCCCUUGUUUGCCACGCCCUCCAAUCCGGGGCUUCCCUUCUCCACACAACCUCCUCAGCUGGAGGGGGAGGCACCAUGGACAGAGGCACUCGGCUGCGUCUGGAAACCUGCGGUGUGGGUCUCCCAGAUAUUUGGCUUUUUCAGCCACUCCCAUCUCUCCUAUAACGUCUUUCCUUCAUCUAAAGAUGAACAAGCUGUCUGUCUAGGUUUUAACUCCCAAAUAGAUAUCCUCUCUGCUCCCUCUCCUUUUUCAAACAAGCAUUUUGAACUUCAGGCAUACAUCCGGCCUCAUUUCCCUGCUUCACUCCAUCCCUGUGCUUACGGGCUGCAGCUGCAGCUGCUGUCUGUGAGGCUGCCAGGGAUGUCCUAGCCAGCAUGACAGCGUUCACAGACGUGGCCUUAGAUCACCCCUCUCUAAACCCUGGUUUACUUUGUUGCCACAGUCUCUCUUCUAGACAUCCUGCUACUCUGUUUGCCUCUCUCUUUUCUCCUCCGUGCUCCUCUUGUAGGAAGCUAGCCAACCCUCAGCCCCCUUCCCUCCAGCCCAUACCACAGCCCUAGUGCACCCUGUCCAGCUGGCCUCAGGCAUUUUACUGAAGGCCUAUCAAACCUGACUCAGCCAUUUCCCAAGCUAUCCCCUGGGCCCUCCUCUGCAUUCUUGUGACCAACCCAAGUUGCCCAAGCCAGAAACUGGGAGUCAGGGCACACCAGCUCCUCUCCCACACAGGGACAGCUAGCUCCCCCAUCUUUCCUUUCAAGAUUGGCUCUCCUGUAGCAGAGGCUGGCUUUGAACUCCUGAUCCCCUUGCGUCCACCUUCAGUGCUGGAGUUGCAGUGACAACAGUGCUGGAGUUACAGUGACAACAGGCGUGCACCACCACGGCAGGCCUUGCGUCUGUCACUGUCUCCAUGUCUAGUGCCGUCACUAGAGUGCACGUUCGUCAUUGCCACGUGGGUGUCCCCCAGUCCCGUCUCAUCCUCCUGCCCUCCCGAGUGGCCACCGCUGCUCCACUCCUGAGGCUUCGGGUCCAGAUGCUGCGGCACUUUGUGUACCAGGCUUAUCUGUCAUUUCCUGUGCACACGUGCCCACCUUAGAUUCUCCACAAUUUUUUCCCUACAAUAUUCAUUGGCCCGGUGAAGUAAAUUCCAUCUUCUGGAUUCCUUUUCCCUCACUGGGAUAAUUAUUUAUCCUCGGGAUUUCACUCAAAUGUAGCCUUUUCUAGGAUUCCAAUCCUCAUCCCAAAUGCUCACCUACUCCUGCACAAAAUUUGAGGAUCUAGAAACCCCGAUUUUCCUCAUCCGAACCGACUCCCAAAAAUCAUCCCAGCAUAACUUAUUUGCCAAAUAAUAAGAAAUUAUCGGGAACUAUGAGUUUCCGGACACCAGGAGAUGAACCCUUUCGAAUCCCCAUGAAAGCCACAGUCCAUGAACAAAUGUGUGUCUGGAAAACACUGUUCUUCAUCAAACAAAGGAGGACAGGUAAUCCACCAGCGUCUGAAUCACCGGACAUUUAGGUGAAGUCAGAAAACGACCCACCCAUGCGUGGAAUCCCUUUUUCUGCCCUGGGUAUACUCCCCACAACAAUCUCUUGUCCCUUUUUGUACCUGAGCUCCGUGGCAGGGCCAGGAGUGAGCCAGGGGCACACAAGGAGGAGGGUUUUUA